GCCACCAUCUAUAUGGAUUUCGCCAACACUGGCCGCUCCAUUUAUUUUGCUUUUUGCGUUGUCCGCGAAAAAGGAAACUUGCUCCAAGGAUUUUGUCUCGUAAAGUUUGCUGUCAAGCAGCACUAUGUUGAACUACAUUAGAGAGACGAUCAUGGCGCCAGCGACACGCAGCAGCAGUGCGAAUCAAAAUAACAAUUCGAAGCCACAGGAGCCCAAUAAGAAUGUUAAGCCAUCAGGAUCCAAGGAUUCUCCACCAGCUCCAAUGCGAGGCUACAAGGUUACUGAUAACGAACGGACAAGAAAGUACGGAAUCGGAGCCAACUCCCUAGGAAUGCUGGUAGAAAAAGCUAACAACAAGUUCCCGCUGCCAGAACUGCACUUGUAUCUGGCAUCCGAUGGCUUCGAGGUGUCUGAUGACGAGUACCUGAACAGCCUGCCCGCUCAGACGCUGUUUAUUGUAGCUGGGCCGGAUUCGGUUAUAACAACAGAUGCCGACUUUGAAUUUGAGAAAAUGCGCCAGCAGUCGCCGUUGCUGAAAGUGGCAGACAUCUUUUAUGACUUUAUAGAGCAGCAUCCGGAUAAAUUCCGCCGUAUGAUUACGGAGUACGAGCUGCAGAAGCAGCGACGCGUCCUCGACAACACCAAGGCACAUCUGAGCCUGAAGGCUGACCAUGUGGAAUGGUUCGAGGGCGGUGAAGAGCGAUUCCAUUCCAAGGAGGAGGCCAUGGCCAUGCGAGCCCAGACACGUGUGCGUGGUUAUUACUACAAGGCCAAGGAGGAGCUGACCCGCAACCCGCUUUACCGACAGAAUGCCAAGGCCCGGCAAGUGAUUAACUCUGUGUUGGAACAGUUUCGAUAUUUGCUAAUUGGGUGCGACUACUUCUCGAUGAUGUUCAACAGAAAGUUUGAGCAGAAGCAUGAGUUCCUGCAGCAGCACCAACUAGGGGAAGAGGAAACGGAUGCUGUCAGUGUACCCAGCAAGCGCCUAAGGCAGGUGAUUAAGGAAUACACUAAGGAGAACUCUAUCCUCGACGAGUGGUCGGUUUCCCUUUGCACCGAUUUGGGAGAUUUCUACUGCCAGGGAUCGUACUCUGAAAAUGGAAACUGCUGCUCCAUGCAGCACAGCAUCAAUCCGUAUGCGUCGCGCGAGAAUCUGAUUUUGUUCCAGGUCUGGAACCUGGACCACCAGAUCGAACUAUGCCGCACUAUUCUUCCCGCCAUUGUGGCCAGUGUGGAGGAACUCAUAACCCAACCACAUCGUAAAUGCGCUGUGCACAACAAGCGUGUGGUGGACAUAUCCGUCCUGGAAUAUUUUCUUGAAAUUUUUUCUUUGAAAAACCUUAGACUAGUUCACAUCGUCUGCCACGAAAAGACACCGCGAAAAAAUAGAUCCAACGGACGUUUGCUGUGUCCGGAAUGCCAUGAAUAUCGCAUUGUACAAGAACUUAUGGAUUUACAGGCAGGCGAUGCGAAGGCAUAAGUUACAGGUUUACAGAUCGCCAAUCAAGCAAAGCAAUAUUUUUAUGACUUAUGCAGGUAUUUUUUUUCAUUGAACAAAGUUGAAUUUUCUCUGAAAGAGAUAAGUUGUACAAAUCUAAAGUAUCUCAAAGUUAACUACCAAAACGUACUGUUGAAAGUAUUUAUAUAUACAUAUUGUGUCUAAACUUGAAUAUACAUACUUGUAUGCAUUUAAUGUUAAAAGCUUAGAAAACUAUUAGAUUUAUGUGGCUAUGCAAUAUACUGAUAUAACCUAGCUUUAAAUGUUCGUUGACUGUAACGCUAGUAGUUGAGGUUCGAAUAAGUUUUGUUGGCGUUACAUCGAUCAGCAUGUCCAAACUAAGAUAUACAAAGUUAUACAUACAUAUAUAUAUAUCAAUAUAUAAAGAAUAUAUAACAAAUAUAAAUACGUAUUUAGAGGAGAUUGAACUAAACAGGUUACAAAGGUUUUGCUACUCUUGGCUUCUCAACACCAAUAAGAAUUUACUAAAACCUGAACUGUUUCAUUUUCCACACCUUGUCUAAAUCGAAAAAAGAGGAUCUCUCUUUCUGAUUAGCUUUUCCAAAUCAAAAGACAAUUGUAUUGACUUUAUUUCUCUUUAUUUACUAAAAAUGUUUACUGCAUACGAAAUUAUACAACACAAAAUAUAUUUUAUAUAGAUAUAAAAUAAAAAUAGUCAAAUCGAUGUAAAUUUAAAAACGUUCGUAUGCAUACGAACAUAAUAAUAAUUAUAAAUGAAUAAAUAAUGAUGACACAAUACAAAAUAAAAUCGUCAAGAGUGAAAUUGUUUGAAAUAAUGAUUUUCGCAAAUAACAAAAUAUUUAUUAUAUUUAUAUAAUAUUAGUCGUAUUGAUGUGCGCUUUCGUGUUAUCCGGAUACAUAUCAAGCUUAGUCGAUUUCUUGCAUAUAAUUCGUUUCGUUGUUACCUCAUUGCACCUGGCUUCUUCAUAUCUUAAGGUUUAGGAUUAGUAAUUAUUCGCUUGUAUUAAUUGCUUCGUAAUCGUGUUAGAGUUGUUUUGUUUGGUUUUAGUGCUGCUACCAAAUCGCGUUCAACAAACAAAGAAAAAAACAAAAA